AAUGCAUGCAUGUGAGUGUGUGUAUGAAUAUAAAGUGGAAUGUGUGAGUGUGUGAAUGUGAUUGAUAAAGAGAGAGAGAAAUGAAAGAGAGAAUAACUGUCAAGAGUAUAUGAGGUUUGUUGCGUGUAAGAUAUAAACUCACGUGUUGUCUCACUCUUGUUGUUGUCUUGUUCUUUUUUUGGUUUCUUCCGUCUUUCUCUCGCAGGCAUUUGUUUGUUUUCACUCUCACUUGCACACACACACACACACACACACACACACACGGCUUAUUAUCAGAUUCUCUUCUUCUUCUCUCACUUUUACACUUGCAAGAGAAGAGAUUAGAGAACGGUUGGUGGAGAGAGGGAAGAGAGAGAAGGCUUUGUCAUGGCAGACUCUUCUUCUUCUUCUUCUUGUUCCGAUUCUCUUCCUCCCACUGUUUGUAGAGAACAGGAACAACCAUUUCAUCACUACCACUAUCACCACCACCAUCCUCCUCCUGUUCCUGCUCCUGCUCCUCCUCCCUGCGCAUGCGUGCCUCCAUACCCACCUCAUUAUCAGUAUCCUUUUCAUCAUUCCCAACAACACGGCCAACUGCCUGCAUACCUCGUCCAGCCGCCAUCCAUCCCAUACGCACGCGAGUCACAACAGCCAUCCUCAGUGUGUCCUUCCUUUCCCUAUCACCAUCACUAUGGACACGUCCAUGCCCACACAUACGGACAUGUCUAUCCUCAUGGAUACGCACCCUUGCCCUAUCAUCCCUACUCGCAUCAUCCACCGCAUACCCUAUCAUCACCGCGUCCACACCCAGGACACUCUUCACAUGGCGAUUCACAGAGUGGAUCUCUGAUUGAAUCCCAUAACGCCCGUGACGGGAGUGACAGACUACCACCAAAGAGUAGAGCUCAGAUGGAUCAGUCAGAUCCGCCCAGUGACACAGUCCCGUCAAGAGGACCCGAAAAAGAUGACUCGACGUCAUCAUCAACUACCGUAUCAAAUGGACACACAUCCAAUCAACAAUCGGAAAAGCCCCAAACCGAGGCUGAUCGAUCCGAUCUGGAAAACGGUUCUGGACACUCACCCAAUGGACAUGACAGGGAUUCGGCAUCGAGUGGACACGCACCGAGUGGACAUGAUAGGGAUUCGGCAUCGAGUGGAGGAGAGCCGAGUGGACCUGUGGUGACCAAGCAAAAGGGACCAGCGCCGAAUGGACACGACACGACGACAAUUGCAUCAAACACACACGCCCCUCCCAAACACUCGCGAAAACUCCGUCUCUUUAUUGAAGAACCCGCCUCCGCCUCUCUCGGUCCACGCAAUACAAGCACCGGCAGCAGCACCAGCAGCCCUACCCCAAAUCCCAAAAGCGGCAACACAAGUAGUGGAAGCGCCAGCAGCAGCAAUCCUCAACGCUCUCUCCCCACCUCCUCCCGCUCCACCCGUUCCUCCCGCUCUUCCCGCUCCUCUCGAUCCCUUCCGACAAACUCUUCCAGUGGCUCAGGCUCCAACGCGAGCGGAGCCGAAUCCCGCCCACCAACAACCAAAACCCGAACAAAACACCGCCCACCCACAACAAAGCAGAAACCCAAACCGUCAUCUUUCUUUCCAAUCCCUUCUGACGAUGCUGAACGGUUUGCCCAGUUGAUGGUAAAUUCGAGAUUGGAGUUGGUUCAGCAGCCGAAUCGGGCGCGUAUGAUUGGGUUUGGGGAAAAGGAUCGACGACCGAUAGACCCACCCCCCAUUCUCCAACUCCUCCUCUCGGACCCCACUCAAGUCAGCCACACGUCUGCCCCACACCUCAUAGCCCACGCCUCGCUCUUUUCCGCACAUACGCCCGAAAACCAAACCAUCAUUCUAAACCCCUUCACAUCAACUCCAACUCCCGUUCUGGUCGGCUCCCUCGUCUCCCCCUGCCACGUCCUAACAUCCCCAACAGGCACACCGGGCCUGUAUUUUGUAUUCAGUGAUUUGAGUGUUCGUAUAUCCGGGGAAUUUCGGUUAAGGUUUUUGGUGUUUGAUGUGCGGGUGCCCUUCAAUGGACGGGAUGUUUUUAGUGAGGUUUUUCGAGUGUUUCAUCCGAAAGAGUUUCCUGGGGUUUCUGGUAAGUGCUUUGACAAGGGUGUUUAAAUUUUUCUUUUUUAGGUGAUAAGUAUCAGUUGUUGAUUUCUUUUUCUUUUUUCUUUUUUUUACGCUGCUGCACUUGUUUCUGGUUUAUGCUGUUUGGUAUGUUUUGUAGAGUCUACAGUUCUUUCAAAAUGUUUUUCAAAGCAGGGUGUAAAGAUCCAUGUCAGGCGGGAUGGUAAAAACGAAUAAGAAAAAAUCUGUUUUUUUCUGAGCAAAUUGUUGGCUUCUAUCGGUUAUUCAAUGGGAUGCCGAAAUGCCAUUCUCGCCUUGUGCAAAAAAUGUAUUUUUUUUUGGCAAAAACGCAAGGUUGGACGAUUGCAUAUAUAGGAUGAAAAUACCGUCCAAAAGACCUUUCCAAAACACAUUGGUUUUGCUUGCGGUUUUGUUGUUUAUGGCCAAGUACACUCAUCGUACUCUGCAAAAUAACGAAGAACCUACUCGCGAAUCAAUGUACACAUAGUUUUGCGUACUUUCAAAC